ACAUAAAAAAGGGACGUUGGGAGAAAAUGGCGGCCUCUGCAGGCGAUCCGCAGAAUUUAAAGUGGGCUGGAAUCUUCUCACCGACCAACCGGCGAAUGAGCGUCUGCACGCGGGAUCUCUCCGGUCCACCUUAAAUGUUUGUGACAAACAUGGCGCUCCUGCGUGUCAAUGUCGCGCGUGCCCCGCCCUGCUGGUCCUGAACACUGACUCAACGCUAUCAGCCUCUCGGUGUGUGUGUGUGUGUGUGUCAGUGUGCGCGCGUGUGUGAGAGAGUGAGAGUGUGUGCGUGUGUGUGUGUGUGGAGGGUGAAAAACUCCACGGUGAAAGUACACGCACACACACAUUAUCUCAACUCCAAAAGUCCAACGGUCCAUGUCUGAGUCGAGGCUGCGCGAGGGCUUGACGCGGCGGACCGAGCAGCACAUCCGCGUCGACCGACACAGCACAACAAAGUUAGGCCGGUGAACCGCCGUCAUGUCCGGACAACCUCGCUUCGUCAGCCCGUUCCACAGACCCCGGUGUCUGGCUGCUGCUGCUGCUCCGGCGGGGAAAGCCAAACUCACGCAUCCUGGGAAGGCGAUCCUGGCAGGAGGAAUCGCAGGAGGCAUCGAGAUCUGCAUCACCUUCCCCACGGAGUACGUGAAAACACAGCUGCAGUUAGACGAGAAGGCGAAUCCUCCCAAGUACAGAGGCAUCGGUGACUGUGUGAAGCAGACGGUGAACAGUCAUGGGGUGAGGGGUCUGUACAGAGGGCUCAGCUCUCUGCUGUAUGGAUCUAUACCGAAAGCAGCUGUCAGAUUCGGGGUGUUUGAGUUCCUCAGUAAUAAGAUGCGAGAUGAAUCCGGUAAACUCGACAGUAAGAGAGGAUUCCUCUGUGGUCUCGGGGCCGGAGUCGCAGAAGCUAUUUUGGUCGUCUGUCCCAUGGAGACGGUGAAGGUCAAAUUCAUCCACGAUCAGACAUCAGCAAACCCAAAGUACAGGGGCUUUUUCCACGGGGUGAGGGAGAUCGUUAGAACUGAAGGACUGAAGGGGACGUAUCAGGGCCUAACAGCCACCGUGUUGAAGCAAGGCUCCAACCAGGCCAUCCGCUUCUACGUCAUGACUUCACUGAGGAACUGGUACAAAGGUGACAACCCUGACAAAGCCAUCAACCCUCUGAUAACUGGAAUGUUUGGAGCCUUCGCCGGUGCUGCCAGCGUGUUCGGAAACACUCCUCUGGAUGUCAUCAAGACCCGAAUGCAGGGUCUGGAAGCUCACAAGUACAAAAGCACACUGGACUGUGCCGUGAAGAUCAUGAAACACGAGGGACCAAGGGCGUUCUACAAAGGUACUGUUCCUCGGCUCGGUCGGGUGUGUAUGGACGUGGCCAUUGUCUUCAUUAUCUAUGAGGAAGUGGUGAAGGUCCUGAACGUCAUCUGGAAGACGGACUGAGAUGGACACCGCAGUGCUACACGAGCAGGAGAGUUCGGACAGGCCACUAACAUUAUUAACCAGGCCGAGUCCAGAACCAAGUCUCCUUUUUAAAUCCUGCUUCUAGGUUCUAAUAUCUACCUCUGGGUGAUUUUCAGAAAAGACAGAAAAGGGAUCGGUAUGUUCUUGAUUUUAUUUGCAACACAGCUAAAACAAGUGAAAGCGUUGUCUGCAUGUAAAGCUCCAGACUGCAGAGUCACUGCUGACACUUAAAAUCCAGACGGUGGGGGGAAGUUCCUUUUUAAUAGCUCAGGGAAAAGGAACAGGGGCACAAUUAUUUAGAUUGAAUUCAACAGUCGGCACAGACAAAGCGUGUCACCUACAGUUCAUAUGAACGCUGUGUGUGCGCGAUCAAGGAGACACCAAAACCUGACCCAACAAAAUGUGAUUUAGACACUGUAGGAAAAAGAAAUUAUACUUGAAAAGAGAGAUUAUGUCAGAUAUGAAACAUUUUAAGGCCCUUUUUUCGUAUGCAAGUUUUUAGAUUUCUUUUAUAUACGACACUUCUCAAAACAAAUUUCAUUCAGUGCCUGAUGACGUAAUUUAUAUCCACAUGUCACAGGCUGCAGAGGCUACAGGUACGCCAACAGCUCAAUGCCUUAAAUCACAUGAAUUGUCAACAGAAUCAAGAUUGUAGGACUCACACAGAUGCAGUUUUUUUGUUGUUAUUAUGUUGCGUAUGUAAACGACAUAUUUAGACAUGCACAUUUUCCACAAAGCGAUGGUUGGGGUGGUCUGAAGCUGCAGAGAGGUUUUUAAAAUCCAUUAACUGACUAGACGGUAUGCUAUAAAGUGCCUAUUGUAUUGUGUGAUUCAUUUUGAGAUCUUUUGAGAUUAAGAAUGAUUUAAAUGUCGCGUGUAAUCGGCCACUACAGAUGUUUUAAUUACAUACUUUGUUGCACACGCUGCGGACUUGCCAGACGUUUUUUUUUUUAAAUUCCAGGCACUUUCGAAGGUAUUUCUGAGAUGUUCAUAUCACCGUUAACGUUUUUUUUUUUUCGAUGAACUUUUUUUUUUUUUGCUUUUAAUUUUUAAACUGCCUUUAUUGCAUAGACAAGAAAACACCAUUAACAGUGCCUGCCAUGUCAUCCCAGGGAGGAAGAACGGUUUGAGAUGUAGCUUUUAUUGCAGUUUUUGUUGAAUUCUUAACUCUGCAUCAUUAAUUGCCUUUUACUUUUUACACCAACUGAUGACCCAAUGUGCCAACUGCUUCUCAUAUAUGUGAUGCCAUGUUAUAGACUGGAGUUUGUAGCUUGUGAGUCUGGCAUGUUUACAUACAAUGCAAUUCAAACAUAUGUUUACUUUCAGCUUCAGCCUGAUCUUGCAUAUGUGUGUGUGUUGCAGCUAUUUAAAUAUCUUUGGAGCUUUCAUAUUAAAGGAGUAGUUUGACCAGAAAAUGAAAAUUCAGUCAUUAUCGCCUCAACUGAGUGCCGAUAGACGGUCAGGUGAUGUUGUGUAGUCCACGAAACAUCUCUGGAGCUUCAGCUGAAGAAGCAACCAAGAGAAGAAACAAAAUGGCUCCAUACAGCUCGUCUGGUGUUACCCAAGUCUCCUGAAGCCCGAAGAUGCUGAAUUGAUUUGAGAAGACGUUAUUUACACCAGCUGCUAAAGCUAAAAUUGGUGCACGAGAUUGGCCGUAUGUGAAGGGUGCGAACGACGUCCUCUCAAAUCAAUUCUGGAUCUUGAGGCUUCAGGAGAUGUAGAUCACGCCGGACGAGCCGUAUGGAGCCAUUUUGUUUCUUCUCUCAGUAGUUUUUCAGUCCCACAUUCAGUUCAGCUCUUCAUCAGGAGAAAUGCUGCUGCUGUCGUUGUGAAGCUCCAGAAAUGUUUCGUGGACGACGAAACUUCAUCUGACUUUCCAUCAGCAGGUGGUUGAGAAGAUAAUGACUCACUUUUCCUUUUUUUUUUUUUUUUUCUUUUUAGGUGAACUAUUCCUUUAACAUAAGAAAUUUACCAGUAGCUCAAACCGAGUAUUGUGCCUUCAGUAUACUUAAUUCUAAUAUGUAUGCUCGCAAAUAAACAUUGGAUCAGACUGUU